AUGUAUAAGAAUGAAGAGAAUCAAGAACAGUUCCCAGACGGGGGUAAAGAAGCAUAUAUGGUUUUAUUUGGAUCAUUUUUUGGAUUAAUUGUUGAUUUUGGAAUUGCCAACAGUAUGGGAGCGUUGGAAUCAUAUGUAUCAACCCAUCAAUUACAAGAUAUUGAAUCAAGUCGAGUAUCCUGGGUAUUUUCAAUUCACUUGGGUGUAAUGUACUUAGGAGGAAUCAUAUUUGGAGAGUUUUUCGAUAAAUACGGAGCGAAGAUGCCUCUUAUAUUAGGGACUUUAUUAAUUUUCACUGGAUUGAUUUUAACUAGUGAAUGUAAAGAAUUGUAUCAAUUUAUAUUGCUGUUUAGUGUGAUUACAGCAAUUGGUACAUCGAUGUCAAUGCAUCCAUUGAUUGGAAGUUUAUCACAUUGGUUUUUGAAAAAAAGAGCAUUUGUCAUCAGUUUUGCAACUUGUGGAGGAUUAGUUGGAUCAAGUAUCUUCCCAGUGAUGUUACAAAGAUUGUACGAUCAAGUUGGAUUUAAAUGGGCGAUUAAAUUCUUAGCGUUCAUUGGAUUAAUCUGUAUGUGUAUUUCAGUUUUCUUUGUUAAAGGACGAGAAUUAAUGAAAAAGGAAGAUUCUGCAAAUGAAGAACUUGCUACAUCUUUUCAAAAUGAUAAUUUUUUUAGGAAAACUGUUGAGUUUUCAUUAUUGAAAAAUCUUAAAUUUGUCACUUUAACAUUCAGUGUUUUUUUAGCAGAAAUUAUAUCAAUGUCUACCUUAACUUAUUUAUCUUCAUAUGCCAUUAAUCAUAACAUUAAUGAACUGAAAAGUUAUUUAUUGAUCACCAUAGUCAAUGUCAGUGGGAUUCCGGGUCGGAUUGUUUCAGGGUACCUUGCUGAUUCUUACGGCCGCUUCAACAUAAUGAUUGUUACUUGUGUUUUCACUACCAUAUUCAUCUUUACUAUCUGGUUACCGGCUGGGUCUAACUUAGCUUUAUUAUAUGUCUUCCUGGUACUUUUCGGAGUCAGCUCCUCGGCAGUUCUUUCACUUAUUGGUGCUUCAGUAUCACAAAUUUGUUCCUCUACUAAUUUUGGUGCCUGGUAUGGUAAAUUAUACUUUUAUUUAUCGUUCUUGUCUAUAUUGGGGAUUUUCGUAUCUUCCUUAAUCAUUGGGCUGGGAACCAAAUCCGACUACCGAAACUUCAUUCUAUUCGAAGGCUGUCUAUCAGCAGGGAGUGUUUUUGCCUGGCUUAUUGCCAGACAUGUUAAUGUUGGUUUAAGCCUAUGCAAAUUUUAA